GAUACGUUGCUGCCAGGCAAGCGACGCCGAGUUGUUUACUUCGCGCACAUGCACCAGCGUCUUCAGGAGAGAACCCUUAUUUUGUGCUCUAAAAUCCCUGACGUGAGGCUCUCGGCAGCCCCUGAAUCCCCCCACACGCACACCGCAAACCCCCGCCUCCCUCACCAUGGGUGAUAAAGUGAAAAACCAGAAUGGGGAAGUGAAAGAAGAGCGCCGUAAGGACGAUGAUGUAGGAGCUGAGGGGGACGACACUACGGACGAUGAAGGAGGAGUAGAUACACCGCCUCCCCAAGACCGUGACGACCACGACGACCAUCACCCUGAUGGCGAGGGCAACUAUGAGACGCUGUGGAAGCGGUGGCUGGCUGUUGAACAAAUAGUUGACAUGGAAUGCAAAAGACGCUGGAAAUGCCCAGUUAAAUUUCGUGUUCGUUGGCUUGGUUAUGGAGAGAAAGAUGACACUUGGCUGCCUGCUUCAGACCUCAGCUGUGAUGACCUUAUAAAUGAGUUUCUUGAGAUCUCUGGAAGAACAUCAGAGUACAAGAAUGCAAUGGCCCCAAAAAAGCGUCCUGGAGAGGAUGAACAGAGAACAAUUGAGACUAGGAAGGCAAUAAAAUUUUCCUACAGUGAGCUGGAUGAAGACCAAGAGGAAGUCAUUCCUGCUGGGACAAGAUCUCGUAAAGUCAAGACAAAGGCUGAGAAAAAGGUAGUGAGACCUCCUCCUAAAAAGAAGGCAAAAGUUUCAGCUCCUAAGGGUAAAGCUGGAAUACAGAUUGAACCUAAAGAGUAUGAGGUGGAGGCAGUUGUGGAUCAUCGUGUGCGUGGGCGCUUUACAGAGUACAAAGUUAGAUGGAAGGGCUUUGGGCCCAUGGAUGAUUCAUGGCUCCCUGAGGCAGAGCUUAAUUGUGACAACCUUCUAAACAAGUACUUCAAGACCGCUGGCCGCAACGUGGAAGAGUCCUAUGAGGUAGGAGGUUCGGAGGUGGAGGCCAUUAUGGGACUGAGAGAGGUGAAAGGUCGUACAGAAUAUAAAGUACGCUGGAAAGGGUGGAAUUCUAAAUAUGACUCAUGGCUUGCAGAAGAUGAAUUGAAUUGCCCAGAAAUUCUGAAACGUUUUAAUGCUACUCUUGACAAGUUGGAAAAGCAGGAAGAUUGGCAGGUUGAAAAAAUUUUGGAGGAACGUGAAAAAAAAGGAAAGAAAGAGUAUUUAAUUCAGUGGAAGGAUUGGGGCCCCAAAUAUAACACAUGGGAGCCUGAGGAGAAUCUAGAAGGCUGCCAAGAUAUUAUGAAGCGCUUCAAGGAACAAGAAAAAAAGCAGAAG